ACAAAAACCGAGUCACUCGGUGCACACACGAGGAGCGUCACAACAAGCCCCCGGCGACCUGGAACCCGCCCAAGAAAACCGAGAGAAACCCUGGAUUUUAUGGAGAACACACUCUCGUGUUAAAUCUUUACAAGCAGGGCGGUGAUCCAAGACAGGUGUCGGAGCGUGUCGCAGUCAUCCGGUCAUAAUUAGUGCACUCUUGUAUUGUGGUUACUACGCGAAGACCGAGUUUCUGUCCCAAGAAACGCAAAUCUCUGUUGCAGUAACACCAGCCGUUAUCCACGGUUCGUUUACCGAGUCAUACUACAAGAGGAAAUUGCAGCAUAAGUUUGCACAGCGCCUGCUUUGAAGUAGGUUGUAUCUGUAUUUAAUUUAUAGGCACCACGUGAGUGGGAUGAACGACCUUCAUAUUAAGUGGGCACACCCGCUGGAUAUGAUACCUAACACACUCAACUUCAGCCAGAGCAUCGGACCUCUUUGACUCCCGGUACAGCGCCUGGGACUGGCGUUAAAUCUCACUGCAUGACUGUUGCGCGGAAGAACCACGCGCUUCUGCAGGAAAGACGCACAACUACAGCAGACCCCGUCAGAAUGGUGUUGUUCUGAGUGCAGUGGACUUCACGCGGUUUUAGUUUGAUUUUAACUUCUUUGGUUACACUUCUGAAGAGUUUUAGCUGCUCUCACCGAUCCAGAUGAGAAUGAUGGCAGUAUUAUGGGAUGACCCGUUCACGUUGCUGUGGAGACGGACCGUAAUUUAUUCUCUUCUGGUGCUUUUGAUGAGCGGAGCGCGCACCUUUGGAGAUGAAACCUUUAAUGGAGAGUCAUGGCUGCGGCAGUACGGCUACCUCCCACAGGCCAGCAGGCAGAUGUCCACCAUGCGCUCGGCUCAAAUCCUGUCGAACGCCAUCAGCGACAUGCAGCGCUUUUAUGGGCUGGAGAUCACUGGAGUGUUGGACCCCGGCACCAUCGAGGCCAUGAGGAGACCCCGCUGUGGUGUCCCAGACAAGUUUGGGGGUCAGAUCAAGACCAAUGUACGACGGAAACGUUAUGCACUCACUGGCCACAAGUGGGACAAGAACCACAUAACUUUUAGUAUUCAGAACUACACGCCAAAGAUCGGGGAGUACAACUCAUAUGAGGCCAUCCGACGGGCUUUUAAAGUGUGGGAGAAAGUGACGCCGCUGACGUUUGAUGAGAUCCCUUUCCAUGAGGUCAAAUACGGCCGUCGGAAGGAACCUGAUAUUAUGAUCUUCUUUGCGUCUGGUUUUCACGGUGACAGUUCCCCGUUUGACGGAGAGGGGGGCUUUUUGGCACACGCUUACUUCCCUGGUCCAGGGAUGGGUGGAGAUACUCACUUUGACUCAGACGAGCCUUGGACCAUUGGUUCAGAAAACCUACAAGGCAAUGAUCUGUUCCUGGUAGCCGUACAUGAGCUGGGCCAUGCCCUUGGACUGGAACACUCCAAUAAUCCUUUGGCUAUUAUGGCUCCUUUCUACCAGUGGAUGGACACUGAAAACUUUGAGCUGCCUGAGGAUGAUCUCCGUGGGGUCCAGCAGAUUUACGGACCCCCUAGCAGUUCUCCGACUCAGGCUCUUCCCACUGUGACCCCCCGGCGACCAGCCCAUCCAGACCCCAGGGCACCCCAAUCUCCUAAGAACCCUCCCGGAGCGCCCCCUCGCCGGCCGGACAGGCCUCGCACUACCGAUCGCCCAGAUCACUACGGCCCCAACAUCUGCGAGGGCAAUUUUGACACCGUCACCAUGCUCAGGGGAGAAAUGUUUGUUUUUAAGGGCCGCUGGUUCUGGAGAGUGAGGAGGAACAGAGUGCUGGAUAACUACCCGAUGCCUAUUGGACACUUCUGGAGGGGUCUGCCGGGAGACAUUGACGCAGCAUAUGAAAGGCAUGAUGGGCGAUUUGUGUUUUUCAAAGGGAAUCAGUAUUGGUUAUUCAGAGAAGCCAACCUGGAGCCCGGCUAUCCCCAAGAACUGAUGGACUAUGGUAGAGACAUCCCGUAUGACAAGAUAGAGACAGCCAUCUGGUGGGAACCUUCUGGCUUCACUUACUUCUUCAAAGGAGACUGGUACUGGCGCUUUAAUGAGCACUCCAGAGCCGCAGAUCAGGACUACCCUAAGCCAAUCAGUGUGUGGGGCACUUCUGUGCCGUCUUCUCCCAAGGGGGCCUUCCUCAGCGAUGAUGGAGCUUAUACUUACUUCUACAAGGGUACAAAGUACUGGAAAUUUGACAACCACAGAAUGAAAAGCGAGCCGGGCUACCCAAAGUCCAUUCUUAGAGACUUCAUGGGCUGUAAUGUGGACCUUAAUCCUGACAAAGACACUGAUGUGGAUCCGGGACGCAAAUGGCCUGACAGGCCACCCUUCAACCCAGAUGCGGGCCGAGACAAAGACAAAGACAAGGAAAAGGACAAAGACAAAGACAACACUAAUGAUGUUGACUCUAAAGAGGAGACUGAAGAGAAAACGAAUGAGGUGGAUGUGGUUCUGAAGAUAGACGAAACAGAGCGCACCAUGAACAUCAUCAUGGUGACGGUACCCCUGGUCCUGGUGCUGUGCAUCUUGGGAUUGAUCUACGCAAUCAUUAACACACUACAGAGGAAAGGAGCACCCAAGUAUUUAGUUCACUGCAAACGUUCACUGCAGGACUGGGUUUAACCUCUCAGAAUGACCCUCGAUCCCUUUUCUGCCCUUUCAUUUCACACGUCCAAAAACUUUGGACACACAAAACACCAUCAUGCUUACAAACACUCAUACAUACAGAUACUCACACACAUCAUGUUCAUCUUCACCCUUCUUUCCUUUCCCAUGGUGCUCUCCUAACAUAUCGACUAGUCUAUUUAUAUCAGAAAGUUUGCACAUUGAUUUUUCUGGUUCAGUUUUUCUUUGCAUAAUAUUUCUUUUCUUUUAAAUCAGUAGAUUUUUUUUCUUAAUUUCUAAUUUUAGGAUGUCACAAUUAGUCAUCUGCAAUCACAGUGUAAAUGAUGUAAGAGAAGCCUAGCAGAGCAAAAAGAGAGGAAAAGGAAAGCGGAGAAGGGAAUAUCUCUCUUAGGAAUAUUUCUGCAUCCAUUCACCUUUUCUCAGGACUCUCAGCUGUGGUUUUCCUACUGACCGGGCAAGUCAUAAUAUAUCAUCAUAAAGACUUAAAGGGCUGUGGCCACUUGCAUCAUAACGUGCUGAUAAAAUGUUGAUAUACAGUGGGGUUCAAACGUCUGAGACCACAUGGAAAGUCUGGGAUUCAAAAUCUAACGGAAACCUAAAACUAAACAGGAAGUUUUAGGAUUUUUUUUCUUCUUCUUUUUUCAGCUCAAAUUGUUACGAUAAUAAUAUUUUUAUAUAGAAAGCAUUUAUUGAGUAAAAAAAAAAAUUGCAUUAACCUUUUCAACUAUAGGUCUCUGACUUUUCAAACCUCCUUUUUGUAGUAGCUGGACCUGGUUAACUGGAACAGUAACUAAGUCCAGUUGCAUUUGGCUGAAUUUUUCCUGCUAUUUGUUUUGAUGUCAUAAAACAGGGACUUUUUUUUUUUAAGUUUGCUAACCUACUGCGAUCAUAACAAAAAGUCACAUUUUAUUGCCCCUUGUUUUAACAACUGUGCUUUGGUCGUGCCAGCCAGAUAUGUUUAAUGUGGUACUGUCCAUAUUUUUUAGAGCCCUCCUAAUUUCUUCCUUGCAAGCUGAAGUGUUUUUAUCUCCCAAAAGUCCAAUGACACUGUGGCAAUUAUACAUUUUAUUGUCUGAGAAACAUAACACCUAGGUUGCUUUCAUGUAAAGUGUUUG